AUGAGGUUGAGAGUCGGUAAACAAGACGAUAUCGAACUCGAGGAAGGACCGGAGGUUACCGGUUACCGGCGAAAGCGUGAACACAGCCACCCCCGCCCGCGCAUUGCUCUUGCCCACCGCGUUGAUAAAGCCUGGGGCAAAGUCCUCAUUUGUGGGGGGACAGAUUGGCCGAAGCUCGGGCGGAAGGAUAAAGGCGGAAAGUCCGAAGGGAACGACGACCACCCAGAUUUACUGGAGCCGCACAUUCUCCGCUCACUCUCCAACGUUCACGUCGUCUCCGUUCACGCUUCCUGCGCCGGCUGCCACUUCAUCGCGAUCGACGCGGAAGGCAAUGCCUGGCUCUUUGGACGAAACCAACACAGCGCGCUCGGUAUAUCGAAGCUGGAGGCCGUAAGCGAGAACGCGCCAAGGAAGGUUACGGCAGCCCAACUGGGUGCAGCAGAAGGCACGAAGCUUGUAUGGGCUGCGUGUGGGAGGGGGCACACCAUAUUGGUCGGGAGCGACGGGAACGCGUGGAGCGCGGGCUUGAACGUGAAUGGGCAGUGCGGACACGCGCCGUGUCCAGAGAUAUCAUCGUUCAGGAACAUCAAAGCGCCUGUGAAGGAUGAUGUCAAAGAACGAUUUGUCAAGGCUGCGGCUGGCAUAUCGUUUUCGCUAUUACUGACAGCGAGCGGACGAGUGUAUGCAUGUGGCUCCGGCGAACACGGUCAGCUUGGCAACGGUCGGACCGGCGAGCAUAUCGUCAGCGCUGGAAAGACCGCCUUCGAAGUUGUCUCUGAACCCUUACUUGUUCGCGGACUGGACGACAGGAAGAUUGUGGACGUCUCGUGUGGACAGCAGCACAGUGUUGCGUUGGACUCACAGGGACUGGUGUAUGUUUGGGGGUACAAUGGUUAUUGCAGAUUGGGCUUGGGUAAUCAGCAGGAUGUCAUGGUCCCCAAAGUAGUUCCGCAGUACGCUGGGCCGAAUGAAAUCACCAUGGGCUCAGCGAUAUCCGCAGGACCAACAAGCACAGUUGUUAUCGACAAACAAGGAAUGUAUUGGAUGGCAGGGAAGUGGAAGAACACCGGGGACGGAUCAGGAGGCCAACCAUAUUCCACUUUCCGGUACAUGCAGGACAUCAUGGGGUGCAAGAUCACACACGCUGCAUCUGGAGGUGUCACCCACUUCGCGCUCUGUCCGGAAGAGGACGGUACGGUCAUGACGAUUGCUUAUGGACAGAAUGCGGGCAACGGUGAACUUGGUCUUGGUUCCGAUCAACCAAAGAGUGCUACUAAGCCGACGAAGCACGUCCCCCUAGAAGGCGUUGACGUCUUCCAAAUUGCAGCUGGCCAGAACACGACGCUAUUCCUGGCUCGUUCGAACGAGAAGCUUUCGGAACUUCCUCGACACCCAGAGGAAGUGGACCCACCAGAAGUAUGCGUCGUUUGCAAUGACGACAAAGGGGAGGACGUGCCCCUCUUAGAGUGCGAAAAGUGCGAUCACCCUUACCACCUCCAGUGCCUUGACCCACCACUUCAAGCUGUUCCAGACGGCGAAUGGUUUUGUCCCGAUUGCGAAGCAAAUCCGGGCGCCCCCGUUGGACCGGAAGGUAUAGAAGCAGCGAAAGCUUAUCCGAGCUACGCUUCGGAGAAGCCCUUGGUACCAUCGAAGGGAAAACGCGCACGGGACGAGAACGACGAGGACGGGGAAGAUGCCGGAGAUGCUGGCAAGUCCAAGUCAAAGAAGAUGUCGACAAAAGGCGCCGCUGUGAAACGCAAGAAGUAACCAAGUAUCUUUAAUUUCAUCGUGAAGUGGGCCGUACAUCUAUUUUAUUAUUGACAUUUGUCCUAUGCAGUCAUACAUUCUUAAUCUCUUGGUUGUAGCUUGAGCUUGGUCCGACAUGCCCCGGUCAUAAGCUGUCGUUGGCCUGCCUUAAAUAUCCCUCAGUACUGUUGCAGGACGUAUUCAUUGAAUUUGAC